AUUAUAUUCACCUGUAUUUUUAUUAUUUAGUCAAAAAUCUAUUUAUAGACGUCCACCUUUGCCCACAGGUCAUUAUCCAAUCAGAAGCGUCCUACCAGAGCGACAGCCAAUCAGAUUUGACGGAGCGCUAUUUGAAUUCUGCUCUCUCUCUGUCUCUCGGUUACAGUUUUCUGUGUUCACGGCUCUGAGGUUUUUCUGUUGGUGAUAAAUUUAAGAGUUUGUCCUCGUAGUUCCUCCGGAGAACAUGACAUCUGUGGAAGUCCGAGCUGCGGUGAGUUAAAGUGACUUUACUUCAGAAAACUGCGGUUAGCCUGGCAGGUUAGCAUCGAUGUUAGCGUCGGUGUUAGCAUCGAUGUUAGCUCUGGUCGACUCUGCUUCUUUCUUUUUUAUUUAAUGUCAGGAGAUGUUUUAGUUCUUGAGACGUGUGUCCUUGUAUCCCAGCAGGUUUUGGCCUCAGAAAACCCGGUAAAGAUGUCUAAAAACCCGACAGUAGCAGCAGGUCCGAGGAGAGCCGCUCUGGGAGAGAUCACAAACACGAAGGUAACACAUUCAUCCGUUACACCUGGACGUCAUUACUUUACAUGGAGACCUGAGUCUGAGUCUGUGGACACCGACCUAAAGAGGAGGACUCCUGCAGCAUUUAAAAAUCUAAUUUACAAGACAGACAGUAGUACAUUUACAAAGUUACAGACAUAAACAGUUACAGACAUUUACAGACAUAAAAACCAGCUAAGAGCGGAACAUCUUCAGUCACUUCAUCAGUCUGCUUCAUCUUCCUCUAAGACCUUUAAUCUACAUUCACACAGAUUUAGAGUCCAGCUCACAAACAGACACAGUGUUUUCUCUUGUAUCAGAUUCCAGUUUCUGCAGGAGCAGCAGAUCGAAAACUUCUUUUGUCCGUUUGAAGACGAACUUUGGGGACAGAUAACAAAAGUAGAUUUAGUGUCUGAGUUGCAGAAUGAAGGCUGUAGCUUCAGAACUUUUAACAUGAAUACAAUGACACAGGUUUGGUGGAAACAGGCCGAGUAUAGCCUUAUCAAUCAGGAUGUGCCAAUGGUUCAGUCUGCUCAUGGUCAGAGAGGGCCACCUGUACUCUGUUCAUACUGAGUACAAUGAUGAGUUAAAGAUUUGAGGUUUGUUAUGGACCUUAGAGCUCCGUGAUAAACAGUUUCCAAAGAUUGAAGAUGCAUGUAUAAAACAUGACCAUAAUCUAUCAGAGACAUGACAUUAGUAAAAGAACAGCUAUAAUCUAAACUUCUUUACAAACUGAUCAAUAUGAAGCUUAACGGACAGAGAGUCAUCGAUCACAAACCAAAGAUAUUUAUAAGAAGGUACAAACUCGAUCACAUCAGCCUGAGCUGGAACAGCAGGACCUGUGACUCUGUUUUUGUUCAUGAACAUCAUCAGGUUUGUUUUUUCAGGAUCCCAAACUGACUUCAGGUCCCUCAGAUUUUCUUGUUCAGUGUUUAAGUUCUGUGUGAGGGCCGAGGCAUAAACAACAGUAUCAUCCACAUUAAGGCUGCACGAUAUUGGAAAAAAAUAAUAUUGCGAUUUUUUCAACCCUGCGAUAUAUAUUGCGAUAUUAAAAACACAGGUAUUUUCACCAGAUGACCUGAAUAGCAUUUAAUGUUAUGCUGCACUGCUGAAAUCUUGAGGACAGUUAAUCUGCUCUGAUCUUACCUCUUUUUGUGAAUGUUAGUAGAACGGCUUCUGUCUGUCUCAGAGAUAUUUUUAGCUUUUAUUGUGCUGGGACGUUAUUGUGGAAACAGAUGAACACAGAAGACGUGUUUUGGUCGACAUCAUCCUUCUUUGAACCGAAAUAAUUCCAGAUAACUGACUUUCCUUUUCUUUUUGGCAACAAAUCUUCAUUUUCGGUGGUUUUCGCUUGUUCGUUGUUCAUUUUGCGAUCGUUGUUGUUGUUGUUAGCGGUGUUGUGCCGAGAAACGCAUGUCCUCCGAGAAUUGCAUGCACCUCGCAAAACGCGCACUGCUUAUAGUAGAGUGGUCCACGGAAAUGUACAAUUUAAAACCCAUACAGUUCUUAUUUGUUGGGCAAAACAGUCAUGAGUAAAGUUCCGAAAGUAAUUCUCAGCGGACACACGUCUCCCUCCAUGUGCAGAACAUGUGCAGGGGUGGGUUUCCUCCUCCCUGAUUUUGAUUGACAGCUGGCAGGGUAGUCUGAUUGGCAACUGAGUUAAGGACGAAGGUGAUUGGUGGAUCGCUGCACAGCACAUGCAGAGUCACAUGGAGUGUAUCUCAGUCGGUUACCCUUGAAAUUAAAUGAGUUCAUUCACCUCCAAUAUCGCAGGCUCUGCGAUGUGACUAUCGCACACACGUACAUCGCGAUGACGAUAGUCAAACGAUAUAUCGUGCAGGCCUAAUCCACAUAUCAAUGAACAUUUAUCAUGACAGAUACUGUUAAUGUACAGAGUGAAUAAAAGUGGUCUACAGACUGAGCCCUGUGGGACACCAUGUGAGACUGAGAGGUUUCUUUCCGACAC